CUGCACUCCCCCCACAAGCCACAGACAGCGUGAAGAGAGAGAGAGAUAGAGACAAGAGGGAGAAUACCCAGAGAGGAAGAACGGCAGAACAGAGAAGGUGUUAAGCAUGCCAGCAUAUGCCACCAACAUGAGGCUCAAGUUCCCUAUUCUGGCCUUAACGCUGGAAGUCGUGACCAUUGUCCUGUACGCUCUCCUUGUGGUAUAUGACACCGGUGAUGCUCACGGACAUGGGAGUCAUGAAGAAUCGAAUACAACUCAUUCAAGUGGCCCAAUGUCCCUUUAUCCCAUGUUUCAGGAUGUACACGUGAUGAUCUUCAUUGGCUUUGGUUUCUUGAUGACCUUCCUAAAGAGAUAUGGCUUCAGCAGUGUGGGGAUCAACCUGUUGCUGGCUGCCUUUGGCUUGCAGUGGGGUCUUCUCCUCCAGAACAUCUGGCAUAUGCAUGAUGGAAAAAUCACAGUCAACAUUGAAAAAAUGAUUAAUGCUGACUUCAGUACAGCGACUGUUCUGAUCUCAUUUGGAGCGGUUCUGGGAAAAACCAGCCCUGUUCAGCUUCUCAUCAUGACCCUGCUGGAGAUCACUACCUUCUGCAUCAAUGAGCAUUUGGUUGUGGGAGUCCUUGGGGUUUCUGAUGUGGGUGCCUCCAUGACCAUCCACGCUUUUGGGGCUUACUUUGGAUUAGCUGUCGCUCGUGUUCUUUAUCGCCCAGGUCUUCGGAACGGCCAUGAGAAUGAUGGCUCAGUCUAUCACUCAGACUUGUUUGCAAUGAUCGGCACAGUCUACCUGUGGAUGUUCUGGCCCAGCUUUAAUUCUGCUAUUGCUGAACCUGGUGAUCCUCAGCUAAGAGCUGUUAUCAACACCUAUUUCUCUCUGGCUGCUUGCGCUCUCGCUGCCUACGCUACCUCCAGUCUGGUGGAGAAGAAGGGGAAACUUGACAUGGUUCACAUUCAGAAUGCCACGCUGGCUGGAGGUGUCGCUGUGGGCACCUGUGCUGACAUGGACAUCCAGCCAUUUGGAGCAAUGAUGAUCGGAAUCACUGCAGGCGUUAUCUCCACCGUUGGAUUUAAGUUCCUCACUCCUAUACUCGCCUCUAAACUUGGAAUCCAAGACACUUGUGGCGUGCAUAACCUUCAUGGCAUGCCAGGCAUCCUAGGGGGCCUUGCCGGGAUUGUGGCGGCAGCACUAGGAAAGAAAGACAAUGUUACAGCAACUUAUCAGGCAUGUGGUUUGGCAUCAUCUCUGGGGUUUGCUUUGGUGGGUGGGUUGAUCACAGGCCUGAUUAUGAAGAUUCCAUUCUGGGGGCAGCCACCUGAUCAAAACUGCUUCGAUGACUCGAUCUUCUGGGAGGUACCUGAGGAAGAGGAGGAAAAUGAAGAGCAUUUGACUCACGGCGAUUAUUCCAAGAACAAAGCAGAAGCUUGAAGCUCUGCUCAAAACCAGCUCACUUCACAAAGAAAGAUACCCGGUCCAAUAAGCAACUCAGGGGCUUUUCAACGUCAGCAUCUACUCCAUUCACUAAAAUCCUCAACAGUGAACUCACCAAAAGUACUAAGAGAUGUCAUCUAUUUUUUUUUUUUUUUUUUACAUGUACAUGUAGCUAAAUUUUAAAAACACCUACAACUUAUAUUAUGACACUGAUAAGUGGCAUCUCAAACCUUCUAAAAUUAGGCAUUAUGUAAUAAAAUGUAAGAUAGUUAAAAGCAAUUACCAAAACGUUAAUAAGCUAACUCAAAGUGUAGGUCAGUUAUUGUCGUCAUCUGCUGAACUGCACAUAACUGAAUAGUUGCUCACUGUAGUGUGCCAAAAAUCUGAGCCAAUUUGAGACCUUUUGCUUAAGUGUCUGUUAUUAAAGUAGUUCAUUUUACUUUGAAUAAGCUUUUUUUUUAUUAUUAUUAUUUUGUACAGACCCAACUUUUAUCAUUACUAGUGAUUUUGACCAAUGCUCUAUUAAUGUUUUUUUUUUUUUUAAAUGAUCAUGCAUAUUAGUCCACAUCCAAAGAUAGAUCCUUCAACUUUCUUGCAACAAUUAUAGUUGCUUAUUAUUGUGAUCAGUAACAACCCUUUAUGCAAUGAAAUAUGAAGUAUUUUAAGCUAUUGUAUCCUAAAGAACUAACAAAUAUAUUGUUGACUUUUAUAUUUUCACACAAUUUCUAAUAUUUUAAUAUGAACUCAGGCAAAUACAGUGGCCCCAUAUAUAUAAAAUAUCACAAAUAAAAUAUUGGCAUGUAUUUUAAAGAAAUAUAAUAAAUGAGCACACUUUUCCAGUUUGUUAGGAUAACAUUCGUGGAACAUGUUCAUAGUUUGUACGAUUAUCGAUUAUCUUCAGGUGUUGUUACUCUACUAGGACACCUGAGUGAACUUGUGAACUUGAGAACCACUGAAGAACUUCAUACCUCCACUAAUGGACCCUGGGACCAACUGAUUAAAUGCAAUGACAUAAAUGACUAAGAAAUGAAUACUUUGUUGGCAGUGUGAUGUAGUCAUAAAAAAAAGGUGUCCAAAUGCAGUUCGGGGCCACUAUAUAUUUACAUCUUUGAAACUUCAACUAUUUAUCAGGAUAAUUGUAAAAUGUCAUACAAUAUCCUUACAUAAAAGCUCAUUUACUACAGUGCUUGAACGUUCAGCUCACAGUACAAGUAAGCAGACGUGAUCAGAUUGUCACUGCUUGCACUUUGUAAGACUACUAAAUGCCAUGUUGUUUUUCAAUGAUAAAGAGGAUAUAAUCCUUGCAGACAGUCUUACUGCAAGCUGACUUACUGAUUCAAUAUUUGUGUCUCUGAAUGUAUGUGUUCUCAUAUGCCUCACUCCCAAACCUCAUCACUUAAUUGUAUUUGAAAAGUCUGUGAAUGUAUUAAACUUUUACUGUCAUUUAUAAAACCGAUCUGAAAUUCU